UACUCAUUUAAGGUUUGUUUAAAUAGUUAAGUUUUCUUCGAUUUUUAAAUGAACAGUGUGUAGAUUUCUCUCGUGAAAUAUAGGGAUUUUAGAAAUUUGAAAUCAAAAUGGCACAAUUUAUUGGAAAAUGGGAAGGGGACGGAAGCUCAUACACAAAUUAUGACGAAUUUUCAAAGGCAUCCGAAAUACCUAGUGAAUAUGUUGAGCAGUUCAGAAAUGCUAAAUUUGAGGUAGAAUUCAAAAAAGAAGGCGACAUGUGGAGUUGUGAUAUUAAAAGCACAGCUGGUCCAGAUAAAACAUACAAAUUCAAGUCUGGAGAGGAAGUGACAUCAACUGAUAUGUUUGGAAAGGGAGUAAAGUAUACUAUCACAGUCGAGUCUGAUACAAAAAUGAUAGAAGUGGAACAGGGUGAACUUACUGGUUGGAAGAAAUUGAGAGUAACACGGGUAGUUAACGGCAAGAACAUGCUAGAGACAAUUCAGCUGGAAGAUGGUACAUCAAUGACAAUGUCAUUAAUCAAAGUAUCCUAAAGAAUGAUAGACCAGGAAUUGUUAUAAGACAGCUAUUCAAGUGUUUCGUUUUGACAUUAAGUUAAUAAGUUGUUGUACUAUAAAUAGAUUUUGCAACCAUAAAAGGGGAAAAUAAAUAAAAUUAUGAAAGAAAGACUAAAUAAAUUUGAUCUACGGUAUUACUAUGUAUUAUGAAUUUGACUACUCUUUUUAUUUAGAAAAAAAUAAAGAUGUGCCUUUUUCUCAUAUA